AUGGAAUGUCCUGUGACACUGUGCUUUGAACCUACAGAGGUUGCUGAUGUCGUGGCUGUCCUGAGGACGAUAGAUAAUAUACAUCGAGAGGAAUCUGAUGUUUCCUUGACUCAUCAUUUACUGCAAUCAUUACACUUUGACGAAUUUAGAAGCAGAUUAAAAUCCCUGGAGAGUAGAGUUGUCUUAGUGGAUGUCAGUAAUCUGUGCGAGGAUAUUUAUGCUGGAGACGGUCGUGUGUGCAUCUACAGAGUAGAAGUAAAACCUUCCAACAGAAAACUUACAGUUUAUGAGCCCAAAGUUUCCUUGGAUCAAUUUAGAAGAAUACAUCAUUUGCCAAAAUCAUUUCUUGUAACCAGCAAUUCUGAAUCGGUGAUAGACACCAAACUAGCUGUUGACGAACAAUACCAUUACAUGCUUGAAGAAAACAAAGUUAGAAUCUUCCACGAAUCAGAUUCAAACAAGAAAAUUCUUCUUUUCUGUACAAAGUAUACGAUAGAUUCUUUCAAAGAUCGGGUUGAAAAAGUUAUUAAAAGCAUACCUAUGGACGAGCUUCAAAACAUCGUGAAAAAAGCUGCAGAUAUUGCGUUUUCAGAAAAAGAAAUACAAAAAGGUUGUCAAAAUAUAAGAAUUGUAAGUGAGAGACAUUAUAUCGGAUCAGUUCGUAAUGAGAGUUAUAUCUGUCGUUCGCCAUUCACAAUUGGACGGAUUAAAAAAGAAUUAAUUUCAGAGACACUUGAAAAUGUUGGACAACAGUUUACAGAUAUGCUUUUGAUUGGUUUUUUGAAGGACUUUCAAAAAAUGCUUGAAGCAGAGUUUUCGCACAUACCUUGUACAAUUAAUAUUGGAGAUAAUUUUAAAAUUAACCCACAAGGUAUUUUUAUGAUUGCUAGUCUUUUAGGUUUUGUUGUACGAGUUUUGAACCCAGUACUUGGAAUUAUAAUUUCCGUUGCUACAAUUUUGCCAGUAGUGCUGACUUUUGUUCAGCCGGUGAAUGUUAACUCAGUGCAAUGGCGGAACAAAGUAGCAAAUGAAAUAUAUGUGAACAUAUCAGCAAAAAAAGCUGAGAUUAUUGCUGAUGUAUUGAGAAAAUUAGAAUUCAUUUGUUAUCAAACUGAGAAAGAACUGAGAGAAAUCAAUGUAAAACUUGGAUCCGCUAGCAGAAGGAUAUCUUUGGUAGAUUAA